AUGGAAAAGUGAAAAGUGUUAUUAAAUAUAGAAAUGUGAUAUGGUUAAGUGAGACGUUUGAAGUCAAACUGUUACCGGCUGUAGAAAGGUGUCUCAGGUGAUCUUGUAAAGUGGAAAAUUGAAGUUAAAUUGUUAUGGAAUAUAGAAAGGUGUCUCAAGGUGAUCUCGUAAAAUGGGAAGUUGGAAAUCAAGUUGUUAUCGAAUAUAGAAAGGUUUCUCAGGGUGAUCUCGUAAAAUUGGAAUUUUGAAGUCAAAUUGUUACUGAAUAUAGGAAGGUGUCAUGGGUAGUAACUUACAGUUCCAUUCAAAAUUCAUCCUGUAUGACAAAACAUAGUCCGGAUCAUGCUUUGGAUGACGGAUGAGGGUUGUCUAGGUUGUCAAUGAGGGUAAAAAUGGCUGAGUUCCAUGAAGUUGAACUCAAAGUCCGGGACUAUGAAUUGGAUCAGUAUGGUGUUGUAAACAAUGCUAUUUAUGCAAGUUAUUGCCAACAUGGUCGUCAUGAGCUUCUAGAAAGGAUUGGUAUAAGUGCUGAUGAAGUGGCACGCAGUGGUGACGCACUAGCACUAACAGAGCUGUCACUUAAGUAUCUAGCACCUCUAAGGAGUGGAGAUAGAUUUGUCGUGAAGGCACGAAUAUCUGAUUCUUCAGCUGCUCGUUUGUUUUUCGAACACUUCAUCUUCAAGCUUCCAGAUCAAGAGCCCAUCUUGGAGGCAAGAGGAAUAGCAGUGUGGCUCAAUAAAAGUUACCGUCCUGUCCGAAUCCCGGCAGAGUUCAGAUCAAAAUUUGUUCAGUUCCUUCGCCAGGAGGCAUCCAACUAAUGUGCUUGUUCAACAAAAUCCAGAAGAGUUCUUUUGAUCAAACAUUUUUCUCUGAAAGUGAAAAUUUACUCCUUCUAUAUACUGACCCAAAAAAUCUAGCAACUUAAGGUAUUUUUGUUUGGUUAAUAUCACUCUUGGUCCCUCAAUUUUUAAUAAUAUUGAAUUUAGUCCCUGUCCCUCUACAGUUGGGUACACAACACCCUUCCAAGCCUCCGCUCGUGGAGUUACAUCUUGUAUAGUUACAUCUUGUAUGUUCUAAUGUUGUUGUAGCUUUUGAAUUUAGUCCUUGUAAUAUCUUAUCACUUUUGAUCUUCGAUUAAUCGAAAUAUGUACUUUUAAUCCUUUUUA